CGGCCGAGCGGGGAGGAGCCGCGGGCGGCCAAGCCGGGCCGUCGCGCCGGCGCCGCUGGGAGAGGCCGGCGCGAAGGGAAAGGGGCCGGCGGCUGCGGCGGCCAAUGCGAAACUGGCUGGUUCUGCUGUGCCCCUGUGUGGUCGGGGUCGCGCUGCACCUCUGGCUGCUGCUGAGCUGCCCCGGGAGCCACCCGGCAGGUCCACUGUCCUUCUUUCCACAAUGGAAACUGAAGCAUUAUGAUGUUAUUGUAGGUGUUCUGUCAGCUCGACACAAUCAUGAACUACGCAGUGUUAUAAGGAGCACGUGGUUCAAGCACCUGAAACAACAUCCUGCCCUGAACCAACGUGUCCUUGUGAAGUUUAUAAUAGGUGCGCAUGGUUGUGCUGUACCAGUGAAGGACAGAGAAGACCCCUACUCCUGCAGACUUCUGAACAUCAGUAACCCAGUUUUGAAUCAGGAAAUUGAAGCAUUCAGUCUCCCUGAGGACAUACCUUCUGUGCUGUCUGAAGACAGAAUCGUCAGUGUGAACUUCCGUGUGCUUUACCCCAUUGUCAUUACCAGCCUUGGGGUAUUUUAUGAGGCUGAUGGAGUGGGAUUCCAGAGGAACAUCACUGUAAAGCUGUACCAGGCAGAACAUGAGGAAGCCAUCUUCAGUGCUCGCUUUAGUCCGCCAAGCUGUGGAGUGCAGGUGAACAGAUUGUGGUACAAGCCAGUAGAGCAGUUUAUUUUGCCAGAGAGUUUUGAAGGUACCAUUGUGUGGGAGAGCCAGGAUCUUCAGGGCCUGGUUUCAAGAAACCUUCAUAAAGUGAUGGUGAAUGAUGGAGGAGGUGUUUUCAGAGUCAUUACAGCAGGGGAAGGGUCACUGCCACAUGAACUCACAGAAGGUGUGGAGGGAAUAGCAGGUGGUUUUAUCUACACUAUUCAGGAAGGUGAUGCUCUUUUAAAAAGCCUCCAUACUCGCCCAGAAAGGUUUGCAAGUCACGUAAGAAACCUUGAGAAAGAAGAUGCUUUAUUGAAGGAAGAAAGCAGUAUGUAUGAUGACAUUGUUUUUGUAGAUGUGAUUGACACUUACAGAAACGUUCCCUCCAAGCUGCUGAACUUCUACCGCUGGACAGUGGAAUCAACGAGUUUUGAUUUGUUGCUGAAGACUGAUGAUGACUGUUACAUUGAUUUGGAAGCUGUUUUUAACAGGAUAAUGCAGAAAAAAUUGGACAGGCCAAACAUUUGGUGGGGAAAUUUCAGACUAAAUUGGGCAGUUGAUCGAACUGGGAAAUGGCAAGAACUGGAGUAUCCAAGUCCUGCAUAUCCAGCCUUUGCUUGUGGGUCUGGCUAUGUCAUCUCCAAAGACAUUGUGCAGUGGCUGGCAAGCAACUCUGAAAGAUUAAAAACGUACCAGGGUGAAGAUGUGAGCAUGGGCAUCUGGAUGGCAGCUGUAGGACCCAAGCGAUAUCAAGAUGGUCUCUGGUUGUGUGAGAAGACAUGUGAGAGUGGCAUGCUGUCUUCCCCCCAGUACUCGCCCCAGGAGCUGGGAGAGCUCUGGAGAUUAAAGGAACUGUGUGGAGAUCCAUGUAGAUGUGAGGAAAGAUGA